AUGGAGAACAUACCAGCAACCACAUCGCCGCAGGAAACCGCACACUCUGAAACAAUCACCACAGCAACACCGCAAAGUGCAACUCCGCAGGAAAUCCCGAUAGAUGAGGCUGACAAAAUUGGCCACGCCACGACAAUAGGCCUUGAAACGCCCACCGCUGGUACCGCGCCUAAUCAUCACGCAUCUACGCCUGUUCAGCACUCAGCACAAUUUGCGUCAACGAGUAUUGCGGGCACUUCUGGGAAUAUGGCGACAUCUUUGUAUGGAUCCUUGCCGCUUUACACACUUAUCGGUUCCCACACUAUGGAACCGCCAGGGACAUAUUUUCCAUUGAACACGCGCAAUGUCGUCCCUAACCUCGCCGACAUGGUGACAUCUCCUUACGUCACUUCAUCGAAUUGCAUGACGACCAUGCUGCCCAACCUAACCUCAAACGCGACUUUAUGCAAUAUAGCACCAGCCUUCCAGCAAUUCCCUUCGUACACUGCUAUGCAUAACCCGCCAACAUCUGUCAGUUCUUCAGGAUUUUCUUAUCCGAAUUUUAUACCCGCUCAAACUAUAUCGUCUGGGAUGCAUUCAAAUGCUACCCCAACAUGUAGGAGCACAUUGGCUGCCGAUGUCAACUUAACUGCGGCGCAUAUAGCUAGUCGCCAAGUACUCACAAAAGACCUGCCAACAUUCUCAGGGCGACCUGAGGACUGGCCCUUGUUCAUAACUAACUAUGAACAGUCUACAAUCCGGUGCGGGUUCAGCGAUCAGGAAAACCUCAUCAGAUUGCAAAAAUGCCUUAAGGGCCCAGCUUUAGAAGCAGUUCACGGUAGACUUAUGGUGCCGUCUACGGUUGGCUUAGCUAUUAACACUCUCCGCAUGUUGUAUGGUAGACCAGAUGUUAUCCAUCAAGCGAUGCAGCGUAGACUGAGGGAAGAGCCAUCGGUCAAGCCGGAUAAAUUAGAAACUUUAGUUGCGUUUUCGUUAGCCGUACAAAACUACCGUGCGACAAUGCAGGCCGUAGGCUUAACCGACUAUUUAAAUGAUCCGGUUUUAUUAAAUGAGUUAGUAGCUAAGUUACCAUGCAGUCAGAGGCUGAGCUGGGGCCAGCAGUGCAUGUCGCUGAGCCGCGCUGACAUUGCUGCUUUCGAUGAGUGGCUUUUUAGUCUUGCUAUGUGUGCGAGCCAGGUGACGUCUCUGCAGCCAUCAGCGGUAGCGUCAGAUCACACCAACAAUGAAAUGAAAAAGGGCAGGCGCGAAGCGCAUAAAGCAAGAAUUAUGGUACACGAAGUUAUGCCAACCGACAAGGCAAUUAACUGUGUGAAAUGCAGGGCAAAUCACAAGCUUUCUGACUGUAAUGCGUUUAUCGCGCUCUCCAAAAAUGACAGGUGGAAAUUUAUUCGUGAGAAAAGAUUAUGCUUGCGCUGCUUUAAACCUCAUUUCAUUCGGCGCUGCACUUCAAAAAAAUGCUGUGGCGUUGAUAGUUGUAAAAUGGCCCAUAAUCCUCUGCUACACACUACAUCAUCAGAGGCGAUCGAAAAACGGGAGCAAACAACAUUAUAUCACGAACCCGUUACUGUAGCUGACAAAGAACAACAAAGAACACUUUUCAGGUACGUGGAAGUUACUUUACAUAGCGAUAGCAAAUCAAUAAAUACGUUUGCGCUGAUCGAUGAAGGUGCAUCAUGUACGUUAAUUGAGUCUGAGUUGGCAGACGAGCUCGCCUUAGAUGGGCCAGUAGGUUCUCUUUGUUUGCGCUGGACGGGAGAAAUCACUCAAAGCGAAGUACACUCAAAAUGUGUUAGCCUCUUUAUUUCCUCCACCGUCGUACCUUCUCAAAAGUACAAACUUAUCAAUGUUCGCACUGUCGCCAAUCUCGGGCUUCCCCAGCAAUCACUUUUUAGUGACACAAUUUUCAAUAAUGCGCAUUUUAAGGGUUUGCCGAUUCGACCAUAUAAUCGAUCCAGGGCAAGAAUUUUAAUAGGUCUAGACAAUGCAAAAGUGGGGGUUCCUAUAGAAAUAAGAGAGAAUAAAGACUCCAACCUUAUUGCCGCAAAGUGCCGUCUUGGAUGGAGCAUUUACGGGCGAGGUACAAUUGACUGUACCGAGCAAUCACGGGUUUUGCACACUUGCGAAUGCAGUCCAUCUGCAGAAGACCGUAUGGACCAGCAAAUGAAAGCGUUCUUUUCGAUUGAUUCAACUGGGGUAUAUGCACCAACCAAGCCUCUCCUAUGCAAGGAUGAUGAGCGUGCAAUCAAACUCAUGGAAAAUAGCACGCGCUUCUGCGCUGCUGAAAAGAGAUGGGAAACGGGAUUACUUUGGAAACACGAUGUUGUCGAACUUCCCGAUUCGCUUCCAAUGGCAAUACGUCGGCUUUCAUGCUUGGAAAGCAAAAUGGAACGUGAUCCGUCUACAAAUCGUUUUUUAAUUGAUAUAAUACAAGAUUAUGAGCGAAAAGGAUUGGUAUGGGAUGCAGCAGCGAAAGUAAGUGGUAUCGGGUUGAACGACAUGCUGCUUAAAGGACCCGAUCUGUUGAAGUCUCUCCUGGGCAUACUCUUGCGCUUUCGUGAACGACCCUUCGCGGUUUGUGGAGAUAUACGCGAAAUGUUCCAUCAGAUUAGGAUUAUAAAAGAGGACCAAACGGCGCAAAAGUUUUUAUGGCGUAAUGGUGAUAGGUCCCGUGAUUACGAUGUAUACGUAAUGAACGUUAUGACGUUCGGUGCCUCGUGCUCCCCAUCAUUAGCCAAUUAUGUGAAGAACCGUAAUGCUGAGCGUUUUGCAGAUCAUCAUCGCGAUGCCGUGCAUGCCAUCGUUGAAAAUACGUUUGUUGAUGACUGGCUUCAGAGUGCUGACACGGAAGACGAAUUAGCUACCCUUGCAACUACUGUUCAUUGGAUUCACCAAGAAGGCGGUUUCCAAAUGAGAAAUUGGGUGUCGUAUUCAAAAGGGGUACUGGCUUCAUUACACGCUGAGCACGCUGCUGAUGCCAAAUGUUUUGAGGAGCCGGAAGCCGUUAUUGAGAAGGUACUAGGCAUGUGGUGGCAGCCGGUCUCAGAUGAGUUAACGUUUUUUGAAAGAUUUCCAAAGGAAAUUUUCGAUAAAAAAACUGUUUUGUCUAAGCGGCAAAUAUUGCGCACAAUAAUGACGAUUUUUGAUCCAUUGGGUUUGCUUGGCUUCGCUAUUAUCCAAGCAAAAAUUAUUUUACAAGACGUUUGGCGCUCCGGUGUCGGUUGGGACCAACCUAUUAAAGAAGAGCAACGCAACAACUGGUUUAAAUGGGUGCGACGAAUACCUUCUAUUAAUGGUAUACGAAUCCCUCGUUGCUUUUCGCUAGCUUUCAAAAGCAAAAUCAAUGAACUGCACAUAUUUGUGGACGCCAGUAUAAAAGCUUACGCAGCCUUGGCUUACGUGCGUUCAGAGGUAGAUACGCAAAUAUGCUCACUGAGAGUAGGAGAAAUUCUUGAAGGCUCUGUCAUUAAAGAAUGGAGGUGGGUACCGUCCCGUGAAAAUAUCGCAGAUGAAGGAACCAAAUGGAGCGAUAACCGUGGCUUUGACGACAACCAACGCUGGUUCGGCGGCCCGAAGUUUCUGCUAGAGGAGGAAUCUAGCUGGCCGGUUCUGCAAUUUUCAGAUGCGGAUGACGAGGCCGCGGAGGACCUGCAUCACACUGACUUCGAUGACACCACAACCAUGAACACUUCUGUAAUAACGCCUGAUGCAAAUAGAUUUAGUUGCUGGGAGAAGCUACGCACUACUCAUCGAUUCAUACUACGUUUCAUACGAUUCAUAACAAAAGGUAAGCAAUGCUCAAAAUCAUUGGAAGCGUUACUUGGAAAGGACGAUUUGGAUUCAGCGGAGCUCGCAAUAAUGAUUAAUUGUCAAGGGGAAGUGUUCCACGAAGAAAUUAGUCGGCUGCGCAAUG